UGAACUGCGUGCACUGCGGGAAGGAGGCCGGCAGGGGGGGACCUUCCCGACUUGGCGAUCACAAGCUCCGGGAAAGGGAGCAGAGCCGUCGGCCGAGCCAGCGCUGGUGGGGUGCCUGGCGCUGCCAUCUCCAGCCGCUUCUUCUUUUCCUGGCUUGCCGGGCGCGAUCGCGUGGGCGCCGAGCCCCUCUUCGCGCCCAAACCGAGGGGGCGCGGACCUUCUCUUUCAAGGAAGGGGCGUCGUUGGUUUUCCUCUCCCUUCUUCCCCCGCUCCCGUAUUGCUUUGCCGCCCGCCCGGUCUCCCUUUUCCCCUUUUCCUCCCCUUCCUUUCCUCCCCGACUUUGAAUUUGUGGGGUCCGACGCGAGCCGAGCGCUUUGGAGGUCGCAAGGAGGAUGGUGAUAAAGAUGAUGAGGGGGAAGAGAUGGAGAUGAAGCAGACUAUGCAGAUGCGGGGACUCCUGUUGCUGUUGCCGGCACUAUGGGCUCUGUUUUCGCGGGACUUCAGGGCUGUAACAGAAGCAAAAGGGAUUGGAAUGCCAAUCAAACUGACCGUGUCCCAGGGGCAGCCAGUGAAGCUGAACUGCAGCCUGGAGGGAAUGGAAGAACCAGAGAUGCUGUGGAUCAAGGAUGGCGCUGUGGUGCAGGGUAUAGACCAGGUGUACAUUCCAGUAAAUGAAGAACACUGGAUAGGAUUCCUCAGCUUGAAGUCUGUAGAUCGGGCAGAUUCUGGAAAAUAUUGGUGCCAAGUGGAGACCAAUGGGAAGAAAGAGGAAUCACAGCACGUAUGGCUUAUUGUGGAAGGUGUUCCUUAUUUCACUGUUGAGCCAAAAGACCAGUCAGUCAUCCCUGGUAGGCCUUUCCAGAUGGCCUGUGCUGCAGUAGGACCACCUGAGCCAGUGAAAAUUGUCUGGUGGAUGGGUGAUUCCAGACUUGGAUAUCCAGAUAUCUCUCCCUCCAUUCUAAAUGUGUCAGGUAUUAACCAAAGCACAGUUUUCUCCUGUGAAGCCCACAACAUAAAGGGAUUAUCUUCAUCUCGGACGGCUAUUGUAAAGAUUAAAGCAAUCCCUUUCCCACCUCUCAGUGUGACUGUCACUAACAUCACCAGCAACAAUGCCAGUGUCACUUGGCAACCCGGAUUCGAUGGCCUUUCCCCCCUACACUCUUGUACAGUACAGGUGGCUGAGCUGCAGGAAGAGGAUGAGGUGGUCACUGAAGUUUUCUCUGUUCCUCCCUUUACAAGGGCUUUACCAGGUUUAAAGCACGCCACCAAUUACAGUGUUCGAGUUCAGUGCUCUAAUGAGAUGGGCAGCUCUCCUUUUUCAGAUUGGGUCUAUUUUCAGACCUUGGGAUUAGCUCCAAAUUGUACUCCACAAAAUGUACACAUUAUCCAAAGAGAUUCUUGUCUGAUUUUGGAAUGGGAAGCAGUAGCUCCAGAAAUGUUUGGGGAGAAUGCCUUAGGAUACAGGUUGGAGUGGAGCCAAGAUAACAUAACUCAGGGGAAAAUGAUUGUGAAGGAAGCAAGAGCAAACCUUUCUAUGUGGAACCCCUUAAAAGACCUUACAAUCAAGGUCUGUAUACUCAGUUCAGCCGGUUGUGGACCUUGGAGUGAGCCCUUACUGCUUACAUCGCAAGAUUUAAUAGGGGGGCAAAGGCAGCCUCUUUAUGGAACAUCCUGGGUUCCUGUGGUUUUAGGAAUUCUGACUGCACUGGUUACAGCCGUUGCCUUAGCCCUAAUUCUUCUACGGAAAAGAAGAAAAGAAACUCGGUUUGGUCAAGCCUUUGGAAGUGUGGUUGGAGGUGAUCCUGUAGUCCAUUUCAGAGCAGUGCGAUCAUUCAACCGAGAAGUCCCAGAGCUUAUUGAAGUAACAUUGGACAGUAUAGGAAUCAGUGAUGAAUUGAAGACCAAAUUGAAAGAUGUCCUAAUUCAGGAGCAACAGUUUACUCUGGGAAGAAUGAUAGGCAAGGGGGAAUUUGGCUCCGUCAGGGAGGGUCAGUUGAAAAUGCCUGAUGGCUCUCUUCAGAAAGUUGCAGUGAAAAUGCUAAAAGCUGACAUCUUCACUUCCAAUGACAUAGAGGAGUUUCUGAAAGAAGCUGCUUGCAUGAAGGAGUUUGACCAUCCACACAUUACUAAAUUAAUAGGGGUCAGUUUGCGUAAUCGCCCUAAAGGUCGCCUUCCAAUCCCAAUGGUUGUCCUGCCCUUCAUGAAGCAUGGAGACCUUCACUCUUUUCUAUUAAUGUCCAGGAUUGGAGAAAACCCCUUCAGUUUGCCACUUCAGACCCUCUUAAAGUUUAUGAUUCACAUUGCUAGUGGCAUGGAAUACCUGAGCUCCAAAAACUUUAUACAUAGGGAUCUAGCUGCUCGGAACUGCAUGCUGGAUGAAAACAUGAAUGUCUGUGUUGCUGAUUUUGGGCUUUCAAAGAAAAUCUAUAGUGGAGAUUAUUACCGUCAGGGCUCUGCCUCAAAGCUGCCAGUGAAAUGGCUUGCAUUGGAAAGCCUGGCGGAUAAUCUCUACACAACUCACAGCGAUGUGUGGGCAUUUGGUGUGACUAUGUGGGAAAUUGUGACCCGAGGGCAAACUCCGUAUGCAGGCAUUGAAAAUGCAGAAAUUUACAACUACCUCAUCAGUGGGAACAGACUGAAGCAGCCCCCAGAGUGCCUCGAAGAUAUCUACGAUCUCAUGUGCAGAUGCUGGCGUUUGGAAGCCAAGCUACGUCCAAGUUUUGGAGCACUGAAACUGCAGCUUGAAAUGAUUUUGGCAAGACUGUCAUUGCUUUCCAACAGUCAGGACCCUCUUUAUGUCAAUGUUGGGAGAUCCCAAGAAGCCUGCAGGAGCGAAAUCACCAUGAAUUGCCCUUUUGGAGCCUUGAAUGGGGAAACAGGAGCAAUUGCUGCUGUGACUAGUGACUACCGUUACAUCAUGAACCCGUCGUGCCUUGGAAACGAUGCAGAAAGUGAGAGACUUCAGGAUUUAUGUGACGGAGAAGCCCAGAGCCUCCUUUACGAUCUAGAGAUGGGAGCAAAACUAUGUUAGCCCAAAUAACAACAACAACAAAAUAGACUUUACUUCUUUCUCCAAUAAGAUGUGUCUAUUUUAUGGUAUCAUCUUAUGGUAUCACCAAACAGAGACGGUUGGAAGCUGCUUUUAACCAACAGAAGUUGUAGUAAUUAAUGUCAGCUGCAUCUGUGGCUUCUGACAGCUGUUUCGGAGCUAACAUCUCAAAUUAGUAGAAUCACCUCCUGGCCUUCCGAGAGAAACCCUGCAAUUGUCCGUGAAAUGCAGUGGGAGUGGCCUCUGGACAGCCCGCUGAGUCGCAGUAUUCUCCCUGGGAAUUGGGGUUAAGUACUCCACAUAUUUGGGGGCGAAGGGUUUUUGAUGUGGGCUGUUGUUGUUUUUUUGCCCCUUAACAGAUAUGGGAGAAGAGGCAUGUGCCACAUACUCUGAACCACAGAUACUAUCUUUCAGAGCAUGAGAAACAAAGAGCCUAAUUUAGCAGUAGCUACCUCAGUGGUCCUCAAACUGGGUUCUAUGCAGCUGCUUCUCUACAAUGAAGAAACACUGGGCUUUUUCUCAGAGUGGUGUUUAGUUGGAAGAGGAAAGCACUCCUGGAAAGAUAAGGAGAUUGAGCAAAAGCGUUCCAGUUUCCCUCUUUUUCUCACAGGUUAUUUACCUAUUUUUUUCUUUUCUUCUUUCUGAUUUGAAUCAUACAGAUUCCCUCCCCCCCUCCAUUUAUAACAAAACUGACUGUGUGGGGAGUGUUAGAAUUUAUGGGAAUAAAGCAAAACUAAUAAAGACACACCUGCAUUGGAAUAAUUUGGCAUUAAGAUCAAAAUCUUGGACCCAUUUACCGGAUAGUAAUCCCACAAAUUCAGUGGGAUUUACUUAUGAAUAGGUAUUAUAAACUCUGCAAAAUUCUGUCAGUGGGCACACGCUUUGGCAUAUAGCUUGACUUCUGUUUCCUGUCUAGCUACUACAAUGAUAUGGCUAGCCUUGCUUUCCAUAUGUAUUCCUUGGGAAUGUGGGGCAGCUAAACUGCCCCCCAAAUGAAAAACAAAGUGCUGAGGGGUUUCAUAAGGGUUAUAAGCAGUGGUGAAAUUGAAUUUUUUUUACUACCAGUUCUGUGGGUGUGGCUUGGGCGUGGCAGGGCAAGGAUACUGCAAAAUCUCCAUUCCCACCCCACUCCAGGGAAAGGUUAUUGCAAAAUCUCCAUUCUAGUGGUGAAAUCCAAUUUUUUAAACUAUCGGUCUUGUGGGCGUGGCUUGGUGGGUGUAGCUUGAUGGGCAAGGCUUGGUGGGCGUGGCAGGGGGAAGGAUACUGCAAAAUCCCUAUUCCCUCCCCACUCCUGGGGGAAGGAUACUGCAAAAUCACCAUUCCCCCUCCACUCUGGGAACAGCCAGAGGUGGUAUUUGCCAGUUCUCCGAACUACUCAAAAUUUUCACUACCAAUUCUCCAAACUGCUCAAAAUUUCUGCUACCAGUUUUUCAGAACCUGUCAGAACCUGCUGGAUUUCACCCCUGGUUAUAAAUAUAUAUUGCUUAUAAUAAGCAAUAACAUUUUUUGCUAUGAAAACACACACACAAUGUCUAAAACAAUAAAAGGAGGUAAUUCUUUAAAAACCUAUUAAAUUUGUUCAUCUAUUCUGGCAACUUUUUAAAAAAAUAAACAUUAGCCCCUCUAAAUAAAUGAUUGACUGGCAUCAGUGGAAUACUUAGAGGAUUUUUUUUUUGCCUAAUACAAAGAAACAGCUGUUUUCAGUUUGAAAGCUUGAGAAUCACUGGUUGUUAAAUUAAACAUUUUCUUAAAUGCUUUUCAGCUUUUCUGUAAAAAUUAAGUUCCAUUGCAUUAUUUUGUGCCUUCAAGUCUUGACUUCUGAUACAGCUACCUAAUUCAGCAACAUUCCAGAAAAAAGAUUCCAUUUGAAAUCUGUGAUUUCUCAGUUCAACUUGAACGAUUAGUCACAAUCGGAAAGUAUUCUAUCGUGUGCUUUCAAAUGAUAUUUCAAUGAAUACUUUUGUUUUUUCUAGCUAUUUCAAACAUAGUGUAAGCCUUAAGGUUUGGGUCCAGAAGCAGAAAUGUGCCUAUCAGCACAUUUCUUAAUGUCUGCAAAUAUCUCUACCUUAUUGUACCUGAUUGUAUUUAUUUUCAUUCAUUUAGUAAGCAACAAUGAUUGGAAAGCUACCAUGUUCUAAAACACAGCACCAGCUUUAAAUUUCUAAUAAUACCACUGGACUCUCAGUGGUUGCAACUUGGGGUUUUAUUUUCCUUCUAGUAAAAGAUACUUGUGACUAACCUCAUUUAUUUUAGCAGCCAUUUGGUGGGAAAGCCUAUAGUAUUAUUUUAAAAUGCUCACUGAUUUAUAAAGGCAUAAAAUUGUUAGCCAUACUCUUUGUUAACGGUGUUCACCAAAAAUAUUUCUUCAUCCCAAUUGUAGAAAAUUAAUAAUCUAGAAUUUCUGUAAUUCUAAUCAUCAAAGAAAUCCUCGUGAGGGACCUUGACAAGGUUCUUUCUAUCUAUUAAUUUACCUUUUCAUAAUCUUUUCAAUCUUUUUUCACAAAAAUGGGAUUCUUAAACGUGAUAUGCCUCUAAGAAUUAAGAGGGGAAUUACUAUACUCAGGUCACAAUACUUAUCUGUGUUAUUCCAUCUCUUCUUGAGUUCUUAAACAGCCUUUCCCAGCUCUUCAGAUAAACAUUAACGUUUAUUCCAUCACAAGAUAUUGAGCUGGGCUGAUAGAAGAAACUGCAUUCUAUGACAUCUGAAGCGUUACGAGCUGCAGAAGGCUCCCUCAUUUUCACCUUGCCGUGUAGCUAAGAAAUAGAAUGCACCAGAGUCUCUACAGAUAAGACCAUGGUUUGAUCUUACUGAGCUGAGGUGCCUCAGUGGAUGGAAUGCAGUAUUGCAGCUAAUUCUGCCCACUUCCAGGAGUUCGAUCCUGACUGGCUCAAGGUUGACUCAGACGUCCAUCUUUCCGAGAUAAGGAAAAUAAGGACCCAGAUUUGUUGGCAAUAUGCUGACAUUGUAAACUGCUCAAGAGAGUAUUGUAAAGCAGUGGCCCCAAACAUUUGGGCACCAAGGACAGGUGCAGUGGAUUUUUUCCCCCCAUGGACCAGUGUGUGUGUGCAUAGUUUCAUAUGUUACCUAGGUCCUGCACAUGUGCAGAUGAGGGUUCACUCACUUGCAUAGCCGGUUCCUGUGGGGGUUGGGGACCCCUGCUGUAAAGCACUAUGGAGUGAUAUAUAAGUCUAACUACUAUUGCUAUUAAUUAAUUAUGCUACAUUUAGGGGAUAGUAAAAAUGGUCCCCGCAAGAAAAUUGGGAGAGAAACAAUUUAUUAAAAGGCAGAAGCAGUACUUGGCCUUUUCCUAUUUCUGUCUUAUGGAAAAACUUUCUUAACUUCUACCACCAGAUUCCUUAACAACCACUAUGAACUAUGUUAUAAUGUUCAUUUCCUUGUCUGCCUUGUUUGCAUAUUUAGUGGCUUUUUUUUUUUUUACAUAAAAGCAGGGAAAAGCAAUCCAUCCUGGCCAGAAAGGGCAAUAAUAAGGAUGGUUGUUGUCCAAAAGCCUUCUACACCUGAACAAAAGCUGUGUAUAUGUGUUUGGGAGCGAAGCAAAUUGCUCCUAUGCCUUAUUCAACCACAUUCCUUCACUAUAGGGACCUUUCUCCGUGAUCUAGUACCCAAUGGAAUAGAAACUUCACAUCAUCACAGCGCAGUGUUAUCAAAAGCAAAUCAUUAAUGUGGUGCAUGGUAAAAUAGGGGGCAUGCUAAUGAUAUAAUUAUGAACAAUAGUCCUGUCAAUGAUGUUAAGGAAUUCUAUAUUUCAUGUUCUGGCUUGAACUGAAAGAGUGAGAUCAAAUUAUUAUCCUGCGUAGCUUCCAGUUUCAAAUAUAUUUGCAUCCAAGUCUCAACCAGAAAUAAAUGUUCUGCAAUAGUUUAUGGGUACUUUACUUGAUUGAAUUAAACCUCCCUUCUAUUAAACAUAAAAGAAACAUAGGAGACUCUUUAAAACUGCAGAGCCAUAUCCAGGCUUCCAUUGUAGUGAGUAAAUACUGUAUGACCCCCAUUGUACUGUACCUGCAUACUAAGAUCCGAAUGCUUUUCCUUGUGUAUUUCUCAAUAGCAGAAAACUAAAACAAAAUAGUGCACAAUGAACAGAUUCUUGUGGGCUUUGGUAAACCUGAUUUUUUUAAAAAAAGGGAGUGGGGUUUGAAGCUAUAUUGAUAAAAUAGAAAAACUUAUGUGACCACAGAAUCCUGAUAAUAGAGUUGGAAUGAAAUUGGGAUAUGAUUAGACUGAUGAUAGAACAGAGUGGAGGGAAAGAUGUCCAGAGAUUCUCUCCCCUUUUAACACUUGGUUAGUGCUUUGUUGUAGGUGUAGGAAUUCAGUCUCAGUGAAUUCAAUUGGAUUUACUCUCAGAUAAAUGCCUGUGGGGCAGCCAUUUGGCAAGAACAGCAAAUGUACAUAUAAAAUCUAAUUUUCUGAAGCAUGUAUCUAGUUUUUAUGAUUUUUUAAAAAAAAUAAAAUACGUACUGUGUCCUA